ACCACGUGUCGAAAUUUAAUUCGUAUAUCUUCAUUAUCCGUUACCUAAACCCUCUAAUGGAAACCUACCCUCUUAAGCUUUCAUACGAUCUUCUUAACCCGCAAGCUUCCCUCUCUCUUCGAGUCGGUUCUUAAUCUCCGGGAUAAAAUGGCGACCGAGGACGUGAAGCUGAUCGGCUCAUGGGCGAGUGUUUACGUCAUGAGGGCGAGGAUCGCUCUCCACCUCAAAUCUAUUAGCUACGAAUUCCUUCAGGAGACGUAUGGUUCAAAGAGCGAAUUGCUCCUCAAAUCAAACCCGGUUCACAAGAAGAUGCCGGUUCUGAUUCACGCUGACAAACCGGUGUGCGAGUCCAACAUCAUCGUUCAUUAUAUCGACGAGGCUUGGAACUCUUCUGGACCUUCCAUUCUCCCGUCCCAUCCAUACGACCGGGCCAUUGCUCGGUUUUGGGCUGCCUACAUAGACGAUCAGUGGUUUAUCUCUGUGAGAAGUAUCCUAACAGCUCAAGGAGACGAAGAGAAGAAAGCAGCCAUAGCUCAAGUUGAAGAAAGGACCAAGCUUCUGGAGAAAGCAUUCAACGAUUGUAGCCAAGGAAAACCGUUCUUCAACGGUGACCAUAUCGGUUACCUCGACAUUGCCUUGGGGAGCUUCUUAGGUUGGUGGAGAGUCGUCGAGUUGGAUGCCAAUCAUAAAUUUCUUGAUGAGACCAAAACUCCCUCUCUAGUCAAAUGGGCAGAGCGGUUCUGUGAUGAUCCCGCUGUGAAACCUAUAAUGCCCGAGAUUACAAAGCUCGCUGAAUUCGCAAGGAAGCUCUUUCCUAAGCGGCAAGCAUAAACUGGAUUACUAGGAUGUAAGUUAUAUAAUAAGCACAGCCAAAUAUUUUUUUUAUGUCUUUUGCAUAUUCGUUCAUAAUCUUGGAGUUAUGAAAAUAUUGUAAUCCAUAUUACCUCAGAUCAAAUUUUACAUGAGUGUACCAAACAUAUAAACAUUGAUUAUCGAAACCAUGCUCUUUGUGAUUUGC